UCUGUAGAUAUGCGUCACCCCUUUAAGUCAGUUCAAGCUUCACUGAUGCCUUGAAAGGAUUGAUCUACUAGGGUUGUUUCCGUGUACGAGAGUCACAACAAACGUUCGACAUGGAACAAAACAUGCAUCAACUCGCCCAGCUCAAUGGUAGAUGGAAACAAGAUCACUCUCAGAACGAAAAUUACGACGACUUUCUUCGUGAGCAAGGUGUUCCGUGGUUUGCCCGUAAGAUAGUAACAUUAUUCAAAAUGAGCCCAGUGGAAGAGUACAUCGUCACCGGAAACCAAAUCACCUACCGACAGUAUCAAAACCAGUACGGCCGUGUAACGUUUGAGAUGACUUUAACUGUUGGACAACCGCCAGUCCACAUCGCGACAGGUUUCACGCACUUUCAGGCCCAGAUGUCUUGGGAUGAGUAUGGUCGAUUGGUGACCCGGACCUUGAGAGCAACUGGCGAAUCCGUCGGAACAGGUCGGAUUGACAACAAAGGGGAUCUGGAGUUGACGACCCUUCUUCCAUCGGGAAAAACUUGCCGACGAGUUUUGAAAAGGGUGUAGUGAUGGUGUACUACCACUAGGAGGCGCGACAACAACUAAGCUGUCCAUGAACUGUUCUGAUUUCGAUACUGAUUUGUUGCUUCGAUUUAUGAAACGAAGCUUUUAUAAAUUCUCAUAAAACUUCUUCUCUUCUAUCGACUCUUCUACAGUCCACUAAGAAUUGUUUAUGAUAAUAAUGAUAAUAAUAACUUUCUUGCAAAAAGGCAAAUUGCAUGUAUACAGGAAAUAAAAAUGAUCAGUACUGUAAUUAACGUAACUAAUAUUACUUAUAAGUUCCAGGCGAGUGUUACUAUCGAUACACUAUUCAUUGAUUGAAUUUGAGGGAAAGUGUUUAUUUGAAAUGACGGACCAAUGCACUAACAUUUUAACUUAGCAUUGUGAAUAUAGGACCGUUCAGAAACUGAACAUAUAUGUGUUAGAAAUAUAUCAUAUUGAUAAAAAUUCUUACAAACUCUGUGUAAGUUCUUUUUCCACAGUACAUCUACUCUCGGCGGUUAAGCUAAUUUUCGAAUUUUUUUGGGAUUUAAUUCAAGUUGUCAUAUGUU